GUUCGCUUGCCGACAGAGGAGAGGUCUUCUGUUGGUACAGGUGCCCAGAGGAAGGAGGUGAUGGAGGAAGAGGGCCAGGAAAGAGGAGGGGGAGGGGGAGGAGGCGGAGGGGGAGGAGGAGGAGCUGGAGGAGUAGUAGUAGGAGGAGAAGCAGUGGGGCCGGGAGGAGGAGGUGGGGGGAUGGUGGCCAUUGUGCAGGCCGCAGCAGCCGGGGAGACACAGAUGUUGGGAAUGCAGGAGCGUUUAGAGGAGUUGGAGCCGAAGGUCCCCAGGAAGAGGGCAGAGACAUGGGGGCAAGACGAGAUCAUGUCCUUGAUCAAUUUGCGGCGGGAGAUGGACACACAAUUCAACUCAUCGAAAUCCAAUCGGCAUUUGUGGAAGAUUAUUUCAAGCAAGAUGAAGGAGAUGGGCUACGAUCGCAACCCGAUGAUGUGCACAGACAAGUGGCGGAAUCUGCUGAAGGAGUACAAGAAAGCAAAGCAACACGAUCGGCGUGUUGCAUGUUCGAAACUCGCUUGCUACGAGGAUCUAGACGCAUUACUCGGGGCGAGGGUGAAGGCCCCGUCGAGCUCGAGAUCGCCGGUCAAGACACCGAUGGGUCGAGUUAUCACCGUGAAGUAUCGAGACGUCGUCCGAAGGUUCGGAAUAGACGCACCGAGCGAGGCCAUCAAAGAGGCUCUACGAUCCGCAUUCGGUCUGAGAACCAGGAGAGCUUUCUGGUUGGAAGAUGAGGGAGGGAUCGUGAGGGCGAUCAGUCGAGACAUGCCCGCUGUGAAUUACAGUCUGUUGGUAGAUGAAGGCAUCACCAUCACGAUAUUUAGCAGUGCCAGCACCCACCCCUGCUGGCCGUCCAAUUCACAGGAUCAGCCGUCCGGCCAAAUGAGCAUCUCAUCUGUGGAAACCAGAGAGGAGAGGACACUUUACUCCAACGACGAUCUGCGCGAGCUCCUCAACCAGCGGGGCUGGCCCAGCCUGAGGCUUGCUGGGCCAGGGGUCCAAGGAAGCCUAACUAAGGACAUCGAUUAUGUUGACGACCUGAUUCCUGGUGCUACAUAUCAACGUGGUGGGUCUGCAACUGUGCCCAUGAACACGUAGCCUGGCGCGGUCAUGCCCUUGGCAGGCCGGUCCACUCCGACAACCUCGCGCUUGUUCAAAUCGCCAAACUUUGUGACUGAUUUUUGUCCUCCAUACUCCCUUUUGCUCAACAGUUCAAUCAACAGGAACCCGAGAGCUGGGUUCGACUCAACAAAUCACCCACCUUCUGUUCGCGCAAUCAGCAUUCGUUCAUUUCUGCAGACCUCAGACGUCGGGCGUUCCUACAUUACGUCACCCGUUGUCUGGAACUACCACCUCCGGAUGAUGGCCGUUGCAUCUCUCAGACUGUAGAUGUCAGACGUCAGACAUCAGAUGUUUCGACAGUACGGCCACACUGGAUGUUCUUUGUACCGGAUAAAUCCCACCGAGGUAG